AGCAGCUCAAAACAAUGUACGAUGAAGGACAGUUGACAGACAUUGUAGUGGAAGUGGAUCACGGGAAAACAUUUUCCUGUCAUAGAAACGUUCUUGCUGCAAUCAGCCCCUAUUUCAGGUAUGAUGAUGAUAGAAACUUCUACUGAUAAUCCGCACGGAGCUCCCUUCCCCCCUCAGUAUUGUCCACUUUAUUAUACUGAGAUGCGACAAUGAAAUGAAAGCAGUGAGUGAAUAUCCUGAUGAGCAGAUAACAGCUCCAACCUUAUUAAGACAGCCCUUGUUUUUGACUUAAAGGAAUUCCUCUAGAAUUCAGGUCUUUGGUUUUUACGUUAGUCCAUUUGUGUUUGUUUGUUCGUUUUAGGUAAACGUGCUGCCCAGUAUGGCAGCUAUUAGCCACAUGUGGCUAUUUAAAUGAUCUAAAAUUAAAAAUUCAGUUCUGCAGGUGCACUAGCUAUUUUUUUAAGUGUUCAGUAGCUACAUGUAGCUCAAAAAAAAAACCCUUGCCCUCCAGUCAAUUCCGACUCUUAGCAACCCUAUAGGACAGAGUAGAACUGCCCCAUAGGGGUUUUCCAAGGAGUGGCUGGUGGAUUCGAACUUUGGUUUGCAGCCAAGCUCUUUACCACCGUGCCAUGUAGCUAGUGGCUGCCAUAUUGGAUAGGACAGAUAGGGAGUAUUUCCAUCACUGAAAGCUUUGCUGAAGAGUUUUGAUCUAGAAUUCUGAAAGGUUAUCCACGAUGCAUAUUUCUUUAGUGCGUGUAAUUCUUAACAUUCAAAAUAUGAAAGUCUGUUCCUUUAAAAAUGAAUUACCAAGCAAUAGACUGUUUUAAUGCAGUGAUGGUAAAAGUGAAAUAAAAAUGAAUGAAACAUUGUUUCCAUGUACCUUAGGCCCCAGACCGGUGAUUAUUUCCCAGAUUUUCAGUAUUUUUAAGCUAAGUUUUUAUAUUCAAUUAUGUUAAUGUUUGAGAAUCAUAAAAUUUUGAAAAGUGAAGUUUUAAAACUUGGGUGUAAAAAAUAAUGUCAUACUCUAAGUUUAGUGAUAAAGGCAGUUUCCUGUCUGAGUUUAACUUCUUUUGUUUCACGUGCUCACCUUUUUGAGCCUUUCGGUAUUCAGGGGUGUGUGAACGGUAGUAAAAUCAUCUUCCCACACACACUCUAAAUGUGCUUUUUCUUUUGAAGGUGCUUACCUUUGUAGGGCACAUAAUGAUGUGGUGUUCCAGACGGUAGUUUCUGGUUCCUCUUUCUCAGAAUUCUAGGUUAAAUAUAGUCACUUAAGUCUGAUGCUUGUGAUGUCCCCGCUUAGACUUGCCUCGGGUAGGUUAUUGGACUAUUAAGUAUUAACCAUCACAUGACAGGAGCUGGGAAGAAAAAAAGGAAACUCACAUACCCAGAAGAUCCAUGUUCACUAGCGGCCUUACAGAAAGUACUCAGAAAGAAGUUCGGAUAGUCGGUGUUGAAGCCGAAUCGAUGGAUUUAGUGUUGAACUAUGCCUAUACCUCCAGAGUGAUUCUGACAGAGGCCAACGUUCAAGCCUUGUUCACUGCAGCUAGUAUCUUCCAGAUUCCUUCCAUCCAAGACCAGUGUGCUAAGUACAUGAUCAGUCACUUGGAGCCACAAAAUUCUAUUGGAGUCUUCAUCUUUGCUGACCAUUAUGGUCACCAAGAACUCGGAGAUCGAUCAAAAGAAUACAUUCGUAAAAAGUUUCUGUGUGUCACCAAAGAACAAGAGUUUCUCGAGUUGACAAAAGACCAACUCAUAAGCAUACUAGACAGUGAUGAUUUAAAUGUAGACCGGGAAGAGCACGUUUAUGAAAGCAUUAUCAGGUGGUUUGAACAUGAACAGAACGAAAGAGAAAUGUACCUUCCAGAAAUUUUUGCCAAAUGCAUACGUUUUCCUCUGUUGGAAGAUACCUUUAUAGAGACAAUUCCACCUCAGUUUGCACAGGCAGUCGCCAAAAGCUGUGCAGAAAAGGGACCAUCCAAUACCAAUGGCUGUACCCAGAGGCUUGGAAUGACUGCUUCUGAAAUGAUCAUAUGUUUUGAUGCUGCCCACAAACACUCAGGAAAGAAGCAAACAGUGCCUUGCCUAGAUAUAGCCACAGGAAGAGUGUUUAAACUAUGCAAACCACCAAAUGAUCUGAGAGAAGUUGGGAUUCUUGUGUCACCAGAUAAUGACAUUUUCAUUGCCGGAGGGUAUAGGCCGAGCAGCAGUGAGGUCUCCAUAGACCAUAAGGCAGAAAAUGAUUUCUGGAUGUAUGAUCAUACUGCCAAUAGAUGGAUAUCCAAACCAUCCUUGCUUCGGGCCAGAAUAGGCUGCAAACUGGUAUAUUGCUGUGGUAAAAUGUAUGCAAUUGGAGGUCGUGUUUAUGAAGGCGAUGGGAGAAACUCUCUGAAAUCUGUGGAGUGCUACGACAGCAGAGAGAAUUGUUGGAGGACUGUCUGUGCAAUGCCUGUUGCAAUGGAGUUUCAUAAUGCUGUGGAGUACAAAGAGAAGAUCUAUGUUUUACAGGGAGAAUUUUUCCUCUUCUAUGAGCCUCAGAAAGACUACUGGGGUUUUUUAACUCCCAUGACUGUGCCUAGAAUCCAGGGCUUAGCAGCUGUGUACAACGACUCUAUCUACUACAUAGCUGGAACCUGUGGAAAUCAUCAACGUAUGUUUACUGUAGAGGCCUAUGACAUUGAGCUAAAUAAAUGGACUCGCAAGAAGGACUUUCCAUGCGAUGAGUCCAUAAAUCCGUAUCUUAAACUGGUACUUUUCCAAAAUAAACUCCAUUUGUUUGUUCGAGCUACUCAAGUGACUGUUGAAGAACAUGUCUUCAGAACCAGCAGAAAAAAUUCCCUUUACCAAUACGAUGACAUCACUGACCAGUGGAUGAAAAUAUAUGAGACCCCAGAUCGGCUCUGGGACCUUGGCCGGCAUUUCGAGUGUGCUGUUGCUAAACUCUAUCCCCAAUGUCUUCAGAAAGUACUUUAAUGAGUAGCAGGCCUUAGUGAGCUCACUGGCAUCUCAUACUUGAGGAAACUUGUCUUACAGCGAUACAAAAUGUUGUCAGUAUUUAAGAAAGCCGAGAGUUCUGUACAUGGGAAUGGGUGCUCUUAAAGAUUACAGUGUAGGGAGGGAUUUAUUUUCAUCCUUGUGUUUUCAUUUCAGUAAGGCAAAGGUUAACAAAGUGCAAUUAUCAGCUUUUUGUUGUUGUUGUUUGUUUCUGGUAUAAAAGUAAUCAUAUCCUUCUAGAAUUCUGUGAUGAAUAAUCACUGAGACUCCAGAUGAACCAAAAAAAACUAUGCACUCCUGUAAGAGCAGCUAGGGCGUUACUGGGUAGAGACAUCCAAACUAGUUUGAAGUGACUUUUAAUUUUAAAUACGGGUAAUAAUCUGAGGCAAUAUCACCAGGACUUGACUUUAGCUGUGACCUCUCCAACACAGAGGAGCACUAACUUAGAUCCUCAUUCUUAGUAUUUAUAUAUAUAUUUUUUUUGUGUACUAUUUUCAAGUGUACUAAGGUUUAAAUGUGUUCUGUUAUUAGAGCAGAUUGAAGGAAAAACAAACCAGCCUCAGAAAGAGCCUUUAGUUUAAUUCAUAUUUCCUAUGUAACUUUUAAGUUAAGCUAAUGUACAUUAGCAGUUUUCUGUUGAGAGCUUUUUCAAGUGCUGACACUGUCUCAUUUUUCUUAAAUCCCGAGAAGGGCUCAAAGUCACAGGUGGCUGGCGCUGGUGUAAGUGAAUUCAUGUGUGUAGCUGGGUAGAUUCAGACUGUCCGAGCCUGUACUUUGAAAGUGGAAUGUUAGCUUCAUGGUCAUAGUACUUAACUUGUUGAACACUUGUGAUUUCACAAGAUCCUCACUUACAUGAUAGCAGGCUGUGGCCAGUUAUGGGUCUAACUGGACUCCAUCUUAGAAGAGCGAGAGAGUUAUGCUGAAUUUGCACUAACAUGGGCCGUUUUGUUGCCUGACCUCCUUUUCCAUCCUCUACCUGAAAGGUAACUUAUUCCUCUUCCGCACAGUGCAUAAUGUGAAGUUUUACCCCUAGUUUUUAAAUUCUGUUUUCUGGAAACAUAAAAUUCCCUGCAGUGGUUUAAUUUAAUUGCUUUUAAGUUAUGUAUGGUAAUUAAAACCUCAUUUUUCUUUUUUUCAUUUUUGCGUUUAACAGCGAUGAAUGUUUUUUCAUUGUUCUAGCUGAAGAUGAUUGAGAAGGAAAAGUGUAAGCAAAUAGAACCACAGCAGCGUCGGUUCCAAAUCAUUUUUCAUAUUUAAUUGUUGACUUUCUAAUUAUCAGCAAGGAAUAUUAAUACUGACAUGAAGGACAGACCAACUCAUUUCUAAGAACUAACGCAGAUGUUUGAAUCAGUAACUUAUUUUUUACUGUGUUUAGAAUAACUGAUAAAGGAUAUAAGUAUAGCCCAGAGUCUGUCCUUAACCAGAAUGUUUGUCUUCUGUUAAAGAAAGUGAACCGGCUUGGUUUGUAUUUAAAAGUCUUGCACAAACCGUAACAUGAUACUGUGAAACAAAUUUAAAACAUGGCCUCUUUGCAUCACAUACCUCGUUUUACAGAAACUUUCCAACUGCUUGUCCUAGACCUCAGCAAGCAGGGAAAGUUUUUCCAAGCAGAAUCUAAAGUGGACGGCGUCUGUAGAAUUAACAUAUUAAAAUCUAGUCUUAGAAAGCUGGAUAUGUGAUUUCUUCGUAUUGGCCUUGAUAGUGUUUAUAGUCUCUUUAUAAACUUUAUCGACCAAUAACUGUUUUCUUUUUUUUCCUCCCCAGUUUUUCUUGAUCUUAACGGUUUUCCUUAUAUCCAUGCUGUUUGGGGGCUAUUUCUAUGAGUUUUUUUUGAAGUGUUCUUUACAGUGUUGCUGAGGGAAGGAAAAAAAAAAAAAAAAACCCAACUUUUGCAAGAGGUGUUCAUGUCAUUCAAUUUUGAAAGCUUUGUUGAAUAUCUAAGAUUUCCUGCCGCUUUCCGACAAUCGUCUGUGUUUAUUUAGGAAAAUGUAUUACUUGAAAACAUGACAUGGAACGUUGAGUUAGGAAUUUACCUGUGUCGUGUGAUACAGAAGAGUACAAUGUACUGUGGUUAAUUCUACAGUAGAUUUAUUCCGUUGUUCUGCACAACAGUUGAUCCUUUUGUUGUAACAAUUUAUAUUGAGGGUAUGAUCUAAGUAUAGUGUGUCAAAGCCCAGGUUUAGGAUUUGCUAUGGCGGUAGAGUAUAUAUUGAAUUUUGUAUGAAGAACUAUUGUUUAAAUUAUAUAGCUGGGACAUUUUGCCACUUUUAAAACAGUUUCAGAAGAGGUCCUAGAAAACUAAGAUUAGUAGUAUGUGGGUUUAUGUUUAGCUAUUUAAGGUACGUUUGCAGAGUGUGAUGAGAAUAUUAGUAAAAGGCACAAUGGGUACUACAGAAUUAAAAUAGGGUAAGCCUAACAUAUGCCAGUCUCACUUUAACUUUGUUUUGACAUUUGAAGAAUGUAUGUAGCACUUUCCUGUAUAUUUUUGACACAUUGGAAACUGGCCUUGGGAUAACUAUGUUAUAAGAAAAUAGAAAUUGUAUUCUUUAUUUUCCAUCUUUGUUGUCUGUUAUGAAGUUGAUGCUGAAGCAUCAAGGUGAUUUCGUGGGUACAUGAGACAAAGUGGAUGUGAUCUUCAAGGAAUCAGAUUCCUGACGUAAAGCAGUUUAAAAUGGCAUUCAAUGUUCAGAGCUCAGGUAUGUAGUAAGUACUGUAGUCCUAUGGAGGCAAAUGUGUAGAUAUUUUAAACAUUUUGCCAUAAUUGCACAAUUUUUUGCAUUUUUACCUGAUAUCAUUGUUUCUUAUAAUAAAACCUUUUCUGAUUGAAAACUUCCAUUGUUGUAAACAGAUGUCUGACUAAUGAGUUUUCCGGAAUUAAAAUUUGACAAAUCAUGAAAUACCUAA